AUGUCGAGUCACCCCAGGGACUAUCGGCGUGGACCACAUGGAGGAGGAGGCCUUGGCCAGUUUCCGAUUGCAGCCGAUUGCUAUCGCGGUGCUGGAAAUCGUAGUGACAGAAGUCCCGUUGCCGUAGGCUAUUCUAGAGAUGGGUCGCCACCUACACGCCCGGCGCACGAUAGGCGACUGAGUAACGGUGUACGACAGCCCAAAGAUGGCUCGAGAUCAUCGUCACCCAAGGACGCCAGAGCCUAUACAAAACAACCUAAACAUCAGGCCCCUAAAAAUACUUUUGCUAAAGGGGAACCGCUGCUUCAGAAACCGCUCGAUGUCUCGGUCGCCGUGAAUCACGAAGCAAAUGCAUCAUCCGAAAACUCACAUUCACACCCUUCGUCGCCCCAGACACAGUCGAAUAGUACGGACAGUACGGCUCUUAUGGGAUUUCUAACCCGAUUGGUUAGCGAGAGUACCGAUAUGGCAUUCUUAAAACGCCAGCAGCUCAAUGCUAAGACCGAUCUGGAAGCCAAGAAGACCGAGAUGAUUAGGAGCCAAAGCAGUGGUGCUAGUAAAAAGUUUCCCUCUACUGCAGAAGUCCAGAUUAAACAAAAAGACAAUGCGGAGAAGCUGUACCUCAGUCUAACGCAGAAUGUGAAGGAGAAGGAGGUCUGCUUGCAGGACAUCACGGACUUAGCCAGCACGAAGCUCAAUUGUGUCAUUCGUAGUUCGGGGGAGAACACGGCCAGUCACGAAGUCAUCGAAACACUAAGAAAGGACAAAAGAGACUUGGAAGCACGCUGCCAGCAGCUGGAAAGUGCCCAGGAGGAGAUGAAGAGCUCGAUGAAAAGUUUCCAAGAUCAGCUCGAAAAGCGUGUCUGGACAUUCCAAGAGCGGUCUACCAAAAUUGAGCAGGACGUUCUACGCCGGGAUCAAGCUACCAGUGCUCGUUAUACCGAACUCGAAAUCAAAAGUAGAGAAGCCGCUGCAAAUCUUCACAACUUAGGUCGUUGGCGAGAGAUUACAGACUCUGCUAUCAAUCAAGCUACGCAACGGAAUCUAGACUCUGACAAGACUUUAAUGGAUGUUAAAGAUGACAUCAAGAAAAUUUACGAUAAAGAGUCGAAAUUACUUACACUAGUGGAAUCAAUAAAGCGAGACGCUGUUGCACUAAACGAGAAAGUUGAGAAUUCAACUUCUACGUUGCCCGACGAAAUGAGAAGCUUUUCCGGCCGUCUUGACAGCACAGAUCAAUCCGUUAAAAGCCUCGAGACUCAAAUUGAUGGACACAAAAACAAAUCCACCGCUGUUAUGGGCCACGUGGACAAACUCCGUGAGGUCCAAGAUCGUAAAUUUAAAGAGGCUGAAUCUCGGCAGUCUGUAUACGAAGAGAGGCUCACCACGCUAGAGAGCAGGGCUUCGGCUAUCGAAAACGCGCCUAGUCGAAGUAAUACAACAGAAGUUGAUAGGCAAGAGAUCGAGCCAUUAACUAGUCUCCAAGCUUCCGAAAUAGCUAGUAUCACUAAACGUCUCGAGACAGUGGAAGACGAUCUCGCUGGCUUAAGUGCUAUAGAAGAAUCUUUAGGCGGUAUGAUGAACGAUCUUAAGGCUAGCACUCAAGAUUCGCGUAUAUCGUCCGAGGCUCGAACCGCCGCACUUGAGAAUACGUUAUCGAAUAUACGUUCCGAUACUGAUAGUAGACUAAAGUCGGUAGAAGACACUCAAGUACGAGUUACGAAGACGAACGAUUCUUCGGUCCAAGCGCAAAUCAGAGACCUUCACAAUAGUUUUAUUACUCAUAUCCACGGUACAUUUCCCACAAAGGAUGAAAUGAGAGAGCUCGAUCAGCGCUUAACGGUAACGAUCCGUGAGAAUAUUGAUACUCGGCUACAGCAGCUUGAGCCUCGACUUCAACGGCUUGCGGAUCAUUGCGAGGCUAACGGGCUCGCCGUUUCCGACCUUGAUUCACGAUACGCAAAUAUCAAUACUGUCGAUAUGUCUCACCGGAUGGCGGAUCAAUUUAGCCAGGAUAUGUUUCCUCAGCUCAAUCAACUCCGCGAUUCCCUCGAGCAAUUAACCAGGACGACAGAGCUUUGGAAGAGUAAAAUUAAGGACAUUGAAAAUUCCGUCAAAGACAACUCGUCAUUGUCUAUCAAAAUUAGCGAUCUGGAAACGGUUUUACAUGACGAAAUCUCUAAGUUAAAGACCGAGGUGGUUGAGAAUAAGCGGGAGACAGCCGAUUACUAUUGCAAACUUAAAGAUGAGUUGGACAUUCAAAAAAAUCCCGAAAUCGAUCCCAGUCGACGGUCCACUCCUUAUCCGAUGAAUGGUACACAAAAGCGCAAAUUGGCUGAUCUACGUAAUGGCCAUUCAGCUAAAAGUUCUCACUCUGUGAGUCCGCGAAUGAAUGGACAUUUAAAGAGCACACCCUCUAUCGUUCGAGCCAAGAAAUCCAAAAUCGAACACAAGACCUCAGAUGACGACCUCUUUCUCGAAAUUCGCGCUCAUCCCAUAAGCGACGGAGAGGACUGA